AUGUUAAAUAUUAAUUAUAACGAACCAAAAUUUGGUAGAUUAGCUUGUGUGUAAUGUAUUCAAGAAAAUCAGAUAUAAUACGUUAGCUUAAAAGAGGCGAAUAAGAUGUGGAAUACCUUUAUUGGAUAAUCAGAAGAUUUGAUAUCUAAACAUAAUUGUAGAAGAGAAUAAAUGUUUAAAUUGGUUAUAGAAGAAACUCAAUAACUAAAAGAUAAUUAUAACCACUCGUUAUCAGAAAUGUUAUCUUCUAUAGAUGAACAGUUUGUCAAAAAUAAUUAAGAGAUUUAAGAUUUCCUUAAAUUAGAUAAUAAAUAAAUAUUUGAAUUAGAUGAAAAAUAAUUUGAAAAGAUGAUUGAUUUCUUAAGCUAAUAAGAUAAAAAUAAACACAUACUUUAGCAAUAAGAUAAACAAGAUAGGCUUGAUUAAUUGUUUUAUCAGAAUGUUAAAUCUAAAUUAGAAACCCUGAUCAAACAUGAUUUACUUUGCAAAUAAUAAUUGAUGGUCAUUUUGUAAGAAUAAAAAAGUAAUUUAUUUUUUUUAAGAUAAUUAAAACAUAGAAAAUAACAUGCAUUUUGA